AUGGAUAAUUGCCAAGUCUUGUUGUUAGUAGAUAAUGCCUUAUCACAUUUUCAUAACCAACCUAGUACCCAUGAAACACAUGAAUCAAAUGAAUCAAAUUCUGAUUUAGAUGAAGAAACAUCUAAUAAUUCAGAACUUGAAAGUGCAAAUAAUAGUCAUGAUAAUCAUAGUAAACAUGAUAAACAUAGUACUGAUAGGAGUAAGGGUCAUUAUGGUAGUGGUUAUAACCAAGUAAUUGUUAAUUGUUGGAGAAAAACCAGAAUUCUAUCAUCAGUUUCCCGUGAAGAAAUAGAAGUUGCUAUUAAGAAUCAGGAUAUGUUGUUAGAACAGCAAGAAGAGGAUGUUAAUGACUUGGUAAUAGACUUGAUCUCUCAAGAUCCAGAAAUUAAAAGCCAAUUAAAUACAUAUUUAGACCUCAGUGAUUUGCAUAUAAUAACCGAGGAAAAGCUUGAAGAUUUGAAAAUUAUUGAAAUU